AUGCCGCCGAAACGCGCUGCAAAGACGGCAGCCAAGGCCGCGCCUGCCAAAACUCCAGCAACCAGAGCCACCCGAUCGCGUGCGCAAAAGACAACUCCGCCGCGGGAAGAGGAACCGGAAGUCGGCAGUGCUGUACGCAGUACGAGGUCACGCAAAUCUGCUGCCACCGAGCAAGACGCACCCGCACAAGAGGAGGAAGAGGAGGCAGAAGUUGCGACACGCGAUGCAAAACCUCAACCACGCACAAAAUCGCGUCCCACAACGCUUGGUCGCCGUCCCCCAAGGACUGUCAAGAAACCAGCGCCCAGUCAAGCGAACCAGGGUGUCCUGGACAAGUUGAAAGCGCGUAUGGAAGAGGAUCGCAGGGCCACAAAAGCUGGAAUCGUACCAAAAUCUGCAACAGAAACUCAAUCGCACCAGGCCGAACGAGCAGUCCGGGAAGCUACCAACAAUGAUGGAGAUGCUGCAUUGGUGCCUGCCCGCACUGCUCCACGAUCGCCAUCGCCCGUCAGACAGACAGCAGUACCUGGGACCGCAGUCAAGGCGCCUGCUAGUGUCGUGCGUCCUCAAUCUGCUGUCAAGAUGCAGAGUACACCUGGCGCAGAAUCGUCUGUCCUGGCCUUGCAGAACUUCAGACGUCGCGCCCGUCAGCCUAGCUUGCUGCAGAUGGUGCAGAAUCCUGAACUUGCUGGCACUCCGAUCGAUGACACGACCGACUUUACUCUGGGUAGCUUGGGCGACGAGGAUGACUUUGCGCCACACGACGAGGGUACGCCUCUGCAGAUUUCCAAGGGCAGACCGGUCGAAGUUGAGCCAGAGCCGGAACAAAACGACGAAGACGAGGAGGAAGUUGCACAAGAGCAGGAGAAGGCCAAGACGCCAGAGCCAGCAUUGCCCAAUUCUGAUGAUGAGUUCUACGGUGCGACGCCAGUCAAGACAACACAACGGCAGACGCGCAAACGCAAAUCAGAUGCCAUCGAAGAGUCUGAAGUUCAGAUUGCCCGCUCGUCUCCCUCAUUACCUUCACCCUCUCGCUCCAUCGCCGAACAAGAAGAGCACGAGACCAUCCCAGCGACAGCACCUGAGGAUGACGAUGAUGAAGAACCAGCAACAACCGAGUCACAACAACGCAGACUAUUCAGCGACACAUACGCAGAUCCUAUGAGCAGCUCACCACCGCCUGAACCAAUCAGUCCCUCCUCUCCCAACCAGCCUCGUCAGGCCCCUGCUCUUUCUCCCUCGGCAAUCCGCAAAUCCGCUCGAGCCGGUGGUCAGCAAACCAAGAAAGUCAAACCCUUGACAACAGCAACAUUGCGAGCUAUGCUGCCUAAACGCCGCGCUCAACGAAAAGACGAAUUCGACUUUACUUCGUCCUCAGCACAUGAAGCCUCUUUGUCAGCAUUUGAAGACGAAAAGCGCAAANAGGCAAGGACGAAAAAGCCCACUGUGGCCAAGAAGGCUGCGCCUGCAAAGCCAAAGAAGACGACCACAGCAACGAAUAAGAGGACAUCACGAACUUACGCUCGCAGCAAUAAAGAGAAUGAUCCUGUGCACAUCUCUUCUGGAUCCUCGAGUCUGUCCGAGCUCAAUAGCGAUGAAGUGGAGGCAGACGAAACUGCAGACACGAGUAUUGAUACUAUCAAGGGCACAAAGUCUGACGAGAAGUUGUCAGAUGAAUUGAGGAAAGCGAGGGAGAAAUUUGCAGAGGUUGAUGAUUGGGAGAUGGAGUUUGAGAGUGCGAGUCUAGGGGCUGGCGGGNGAAGCAGUCCAUGGCGGUGA